AUGUUCCAUAUCUUCCAUUUAAUAAAACACAAGUUACAUAGCAUAAGUAUUAAUUGCAUAAGAUCAGCAACAUUAACAUGUAAUUCAUCAUCUGUAACACAACUACCAGAUUAUGCUGAUAUUGUAAUAAUAGGUGGAGGUAGUGCAGGUUGUAAUGCUCUUUAUCAUUUAGGAAAAUAUGGUAUUAAUGCUGUACUAUUAGAUAAAUCAAAAUUAAUGUCUGGUACUACAUGGCAUACUGCUGGUCUUAUAUGGAGUAUACGUGGUCCAUAUGACACUGAGAUGGAAUUAUUAAAUACUACAAGACGCAUUCUUAACUCUUUGGAAAAGGAAACUGGGAUAAAUCCAGGAUGGAUAAAUAACGGUGGUCUUUUAGUUGCACGUUCCAAUGAACGAUUAAAUGAAUAUAGAAGACUAGUUACUGGUGCUAAAGCUUUUGGCAUACAAGCACAUAUAAUUUCCUCCCAAGAAGCAAAGGAAUUAUUUCCUUUAUUAAAUGAAAAUAAUAUUCAAGGAGCAAUUUACUCUUCACAAGAUGGUGUUAUUGAUCCAACCAUGCUAAUAAAUGCUUUGACAAAAUCAGCAAAGAAUAAUGGUUGCCAGAUUAUUGAAAAUUGUCCUGUUAUGAAGAUACUCACAAAGGAAACCAUUAAGAAUAAUAAAAAGGUUUAUGGUGUAGAAACGCCAUAUGGAAUUAUAAAAACAGAUAUCGUUCUCAAUGCUGCUGGGGCUUGGUCAAAAAAUAUAGCAAACAUGAUUAAUGUGAAUAUUCCUUUAAUGCCAAUUAAACAUGCUUAUAUUGUUACACAACCCAUAGAAGGAUUACAAAAUCUUCCAAAUAUUAAAGAUCCCGAUACGAGUUUGUAUUUUCGAAUUCAGGGUAGUUCAUUGGUUAUAGGCGUUUAUGAACAAAAUCCUAUUGUACUACCAUCUGCCCCUGAACACUUUUCAUUCGGUCUCUAUGAAUUGGAUUGGGAUAUCUUCAAUGUACAUCUAAAAUCAGUGAUUGAAUUGAUUCCUAAAUUAUCAAAGACUGGAAUAAAAACUACAAUAUGUGGGCCAGAAAGUUUCACUCCUGAUCAUAAACCAAUUAUGGGUGAGGAUCCCCAUUGUUCUGGAUUUUUUUACUCUUGUGGUUAUAAUAGUGCUGGGAUGAUGUUAGGAGGUGGAUGUGGAGAACAAAUUGCACGUUGGAUAAUUAAUGGACGUCCAGAUAAAUACAUGUUCAACUAUGACAUUAGGAGAUUUUUACCAGAACAAAGAAAUAAUUUGGUUUGGAUACAUGAAAGAUCUUAUGAAGCCUAUGCAAAGAAUUACAGUAUUAUAUUUCCACAUGAUGAACCAUUAAGUGGAAGAAAUCUUAAAACAGACCCUUUUCACAAUUUACUUGUUGAAGAAGGUGCUAUUAUGGAAGAAUGCCAAGGCUGGGAACGUUCUGGAUGGUAUUUUCCAAAUGAAAAAAUAGAAAUUAUGCCAUAUGAUUACAAUGGAUAUUAUGGCAGAGUAAAAAAUCAUAAUGAUAAAUAUCGUUCAAUACUGGAAAAAGAAUAUAGUUUUCAUUUUUUGCCAUAUAAUGAAAUAAUUCGAGAAGAAGUUCUUGCAUGUCGCAAAAAUGUUGCUUUAUUCAACACAUCUUAUCUUGGAAAGUUCUAUCUUUAUGGACCUGAUGUUCAAAAAGCGGCAGAUUAUUUAUUUACGGCAAAUACGAAUUGCAAUUUUAAUAAAACUAUUUAUACCUGUAUGUUGAAUCAUGCUGGAGGUGUAGAAGCAGAUUGUACAGUUACAGUUUUAGAAUCUAGCUUGGAUAAGAUUGUAAAUCCAAUGCUUAAAGAAAAGGUUUUUUAUAUUGUUUCAAAUGGUAUGUCAGCUUAUCAUACAUUAACUCAUAUGAAUAAAGUAAUAAAUGAAAGAGGAUAUAAUGUCUUUUUACACGAUGUUACUGAACAAAUUGGUAUUUUAUCUGUACUAGGACCUAAUAGCCAAAAUAUAAUGGAAACAUUAAUAAAAAAUGAAAUCUCAGAUAAGUCUUUCAAAUAUUCUACUACAAAAUUGGUAAAAAUUAAGAAUGAAAUGGUACAUUUAAUUAAACCUAGUUUUGUUGAUGAACUUGGUUUUGAAUUACAUAUUCCAAAAUCAUCUUGUCAGCUAGUUUAUAAAACUUUAAUAGAAUGUGGUAAAUUAUAUAAUAUGAAACAUGCUGGAUAUCGUGCAUUGUGUAGUCUCAGUUGUGAAAAAGGCUAUUUACUUUGGGGUUCAGAUCUUAGAACAGAUGAUAAUCCUAUAGAAGCUGGACUUGGAUUUACUUGUCGUAAUACUGGUGAAUACUUGGGAAAGAAAGUAGUUGAUCGAUUGCGAAAAAAUGGAAUCAAAAAGAAGUUAGUGCGUGUUUAUUUAGACAGUACAAUACCAUUAUGGGGUACAGAAGUAAUUUAUAGAAAUAACUGUCUUGUCGGUUAUUUACGUAGAGUUGAACAGGGAUAUAGCAAUAGAAAUAUCACUGGACAUGGAUACAUCAAACAUCCAAGUGAAGCAAAUGUAACAAGAGAAUUUCUAGAAAGUGGCAAUUAUGAAAUUGAAGCUAUGGGGAAACGUUAUAUUGUGAAUCUUCACUUCUAA